CGUCCAAACGUAGGCAGUCGACAACUACUCGAUUCAAGUCGCAAAAUCUUCGUGCACGUGCUAAAAAGAUCGGAUUGGUAUCUGUUGCUGAUCAUGGUAGGACAUAGUAUUUUUGAUUUUCAAGCUCCCCAUGCUGACCUGAAAGACGAUGUCCUAAGGAGUCGACUGUUCGAAAUUCUGAGAAAAUAUACCAGCGGUCCUGUUUUCUCAACUGAACUAGAAGAUUGCAAGAGCUGUUUGUUCAUCUUCGUUGGAGAAGAUGGGGGAUACUGGAUUCUGCAAAGUUUCCCCAGUGGCUUGAUAACCUUGGAUGUGAUGCAGUGUGGAAAAGAGGAACUACUGUUGUCUAAGGAUGUAAAGUUUUAUAACAUGAUCUGUUCAGUCUUUAAUUAUAUAAGAAAAAUUAUUGUUCAACUGAGUAUGUUUUGACCCCCUUAAGUCACUGAGUUACUGGGUUGCUAAGAAGUAAAUUACUUCUUGACAUCCUAACAUCAAAAUAUCCAUAAUUUAUUCUCUUUACAAGUAUGAGAGCAAUCUUCGCAGUAAUGAACACUAUUUAAGCAGUAGUGAAGAUGAGGCCUGAAAAACUUCAGGCAUGUACAGGAUUUGAACCCAUGACCUCUGCGAUACCAGUGCAGUGCUCUACCAACUGAGCUAACAA